AUCCCUGCUCUCUCAGUUACUGAAAGUGGCCGCCUCUCAGCUGCUGCCGGCUCAGCGCUCACAGCCUCACUCGUUGCCCAGAACCGCCAUCUUGGAGACAGAGAGCAGCGAGCUGGCAGCGGCUGAGAGACCGAGAGAAAAGGGGAUACGGGGGCCGAGUUUCUACUUGUGCCCAGGGCUGGGCUCCUGUCUCACUCCUCAUGGCCUUGGAACAGCCUGUGGUGGAGGAGGCCAUCCACUCCAAGCUGGCCAGGCCACUUCACCUACAGUACUUGGAGAGAUCAUUGAAGCUAGAUGCUUUUCUUCGCCAGACUGCCACUAUCUUUAACAGGGACAUCUCCAGCGAUGACAGUGACAAUGAUUUGGAAGAAGUGGACCUUUCUAGUCCCCAUACUCCAGUGUUGGGUGUGAAGGAAGAGACUUUGUCUAGAGAUGGUGGGGGCGAGACAGGACCAGGCCGACUUGUAGAGAACAGUGGUCUCAAUGGCCUUCUCCUGCAAGAAUCAAGAGCUGACAAGGCAAAUCUAUACAAUUUCUCCAAGAUGAAGAAAAGUAGAAAGUGGCUCAAGGGUAUUUUGCUGAGCGACGACACCUCGGACUCUGACUCGGACGACUCAGACUUUUCCCUGUCUCGGGAGGAGCUGCAUGACAUGUUGCGACUACACAAAUUCACCAGGCAGCACCAGUGCAGGUUCCACACUGACCGUGAGCUGCAACAGUACCAGUACUACAGUACUGGACUGCUCUCUACCCAUGAUCCCUUCUAUGACCAACAGCGCCAUCUGCUGGGUCAAAAGAAAAAGAAAAUCAAAGAAGACAAGAAGCUCAAGGCCAAAUUAAAGAAGGUAAAGAAGAGGAAAAAGAAGGGUGAGGACUUUUCUGUCGAUGGGCGCCCUUAUGUCACCAAAAUCUUUGCCAAGUUUUCCCAUGAUGCCCCUCUGCCAGUAUCAAAGAAGAAGCAUCUCACAAUUGAGCAGCUUAAUGCUCGUCGACGGAAAGUUUGGCUCACCAUUGCCAAAAAGGAAAACCCCAAGGCAUAUAAACAAAAAGCUUCUGGUCGGAAUUUUGUUCUGUCCAAUGCUAAAAAGCUGGCCCAGCAGUGCAUGCGGGAGGUCCGGCGGGCUGCCAUCCAGGCCCAGAAGAACUGCAAGGAGACACUGCCUCGGGCACGGCGCCUCACCAGGGAGAUGCUGCUGUACUGGAAGAAGUAUGACAAAGUGGAGAAGGAGCACCGCAAGAGAGCUGAGAAGGAGGCACUGGAGCAGCGCAAACUAGAUGAAGAGAUGAGGGAGGCCAAGAGACAGCAGCGGAAGCUCAACUUCUUGAUCACUCAGACAGAGCUAUAUGCCCACUUCAUGGGUGGCAAGCACCGGGCCGGAGCCGACGCAGUUCAGGAGGAGAUCUUGAAGAAGCUGGAGGAAAAUGCUACGCACCGUCAGAUUGACAUUGGGGGAGGUGUGAUGGUCAACGUUGGUCAGGAGGAAUACGACAGCGAAUACUACAAAUCUGAGGCACUGAGGAACGCAGAAGAGGCCUAUCAGAUACACCAGGCUAGAACCAGGCUCUUUGAUGAGGAGGCAAAAGUGAGCCGUUUUGCUUCCCUGCGGGUGGCAUCUGACUCGGGCUCGGGGUUUGGCGAGAGCUAUAGUCUGUCCAACCCUUCCAUUCGUGCCGGUGAGGACAUUCCCCAACCCACCAUCUUCAAUGGGAAGCUCAAAGGCUACCAGCUUAAAGGCAUGAAUUGGCUGGCUAACCUCUAUGAGCAGGGCAUCAAUGGCAUUCUGGCCGACGAGAUGGGACUGGGAAAGACCGUUCAGAGCAUCGCCCUGCUUGCGCAUCUUGCCGAGCGUGACAACAUCUGGGGUCCGUUCCUCAUCAUAUCCCCUGCCUCCACGCUCAACAACUGGCACCAAGAAUUCACGAGAUUCGUUCCCAAAUUCAAGGUGCUGCCGUACUGGGGGAACCCUCAUGACCGCAAAGUAAUUCGGAAGUUCUGGAGCCAGAAAACCCUCUACACUCAGGAUGCCCCCUUCCAUGUGGUCAUCACCAGUUAUCAGCUUGUUGUGCAGGAUGUCAAGUACUUCCAGAGGGUCAAAUGGCAAUAUAUGGUCCUGGAUGAAGCUCAGGCUCUGAAGAGCAGCACCAGUGUACGCUGGAAAAUCCUCUUACAGUUCCAGUGCAGAAACAGAUUGCUGCUGACCGGAACGCCCAUCCAGAACACAAUGGCUGAGCUUUGGGCUCUGCUGCAUUUCAUUAUGCCCACUCUUUUUGAUUCUCAUGAGGAAUUCAAUGAAUGGUUCUCUAAAGAUAUUGAGAGCCACGCUGAGAACAAAUCAGCCAUCGAUGAGAACCAGCUGUCCCGGCUGCACAUGAUUCUGAAACCCUUCAUGUUGCGACGGAUAAAGAAGGAUGUGGAAAAUGAACUCUCCGAUAAGAUCGAGAUCCUGUCCUACUGCCAGCUCACAACCCGGCAACGGCUGCUAUACCAGGCGCUAAAAAACAAGAUCUCUAUAGAAGACCUUUUGCAGAGCUCCAUGGGCACAGCUCAGCAGGCCCAGAGCACCACCAGCAGCCUCAUGAACCUCGUAAUGCAGUUCCGUAAGGUCUGUAACCAUCCAGACUUGUUUGAGCGGCAGGAGACACGCUCACCCUUCCACAUGUCUUUGAAGCCAUUUAUCAUGUCCAAGUUCUUCUAUCGCCAUGGCUUGGUUACAAGCUUCAGCCACUGGCGCAGCAGGUUGCUCCAGGUGCUGCUGUCUCCAUUCUCACCCCAUCACAUCCAGCAAUCUCUGUUCCACAGGAAAGGUGAUGAUGAGCGCAGCUGCUUCUCCUUCCUACGUUUCAUAGAUAUGUCUCCAGCAGAGCUGUCCAACAUGAUGCUUCAGGGAAUGUUAGUGAGGUGGUUAGCACUAUUUCUUUCCUUGAAGUCCUCUUAUCGGCUCUACCUGCGGCGCCUCUGGGCAGCUAAGGAGGAGGGGGACAGUUUGGGGCAGAAUUCUAACUAUCUUGCCAACAAGGACUUGAUCCUGUUAAUUGAUAGCCCUACUUCCUUCCAAAGUAUACAAAGUAGCCCCAUCCUACAGGAUCUGGUGUUCACCAGCUUCCAACCCUGGGUGGCGAGUCACACGGAUGUCCUCAUACAUGGGAGGCAAAUGAGCCACUCAGUUCAAAGGCCAUGCCAACCCACACAGCUUCCCAAGUUCCUCUUUGCUGCAGCUCCUAGGGUGACCACAGUCCCCAUGGAAUGUUACUGUAAUGACCGCAGCGCAGAGUAUGAAUGGCGAGUGACCAGAGCUGGAGGGAGCCUGGCGGCCAAGCAGUGUAUCCUGUAUGGGGCCCCAGAUCUAGCUGCUGCCUGGACCAGCCGCUUUUGCGCCUUUUUCCCAGACCACCCUGGUGGUGUCAUGGCCAUCCACCCACCUCUUGGCUGGUCUUUCAUCAGGAUACCUGACAAGGAGGCACUGAUCACAGACAGUGGCAAGCUGCACACUUUGGACCUGCUGCUGACACGUUUGAAGUCGCAGGGCCACCGAGUGCUCAUCUAUUCCCAGAUGACCCGCAUGAUUGACCUGCUGGAAGAAUACAUGGUGUACAAAAAACACACCUAUAUGAGGCUGGAUGGGUCAUCUAAGAUUUCUGAGCGUCGGGACAUGGUGGCUGAUUUCCAGAGUCGGACGGAUAUUUUUGUCUUCCUGCUGAGCACACGGGCUGGAGGCCUUGGCAUCAACUUGACUGCUGCUGACACUGUGAUAUUCUAUGACAGCGACUGGAAUCCCACAGUAGACCAGCAGGCUAUGGACCGUGCACACCGACUGGGCCAGACGAAGCAGGUGACCGUGUACCGCCUCAUCUGCCAGGGCACCAUCGAGGAGCGCAUCCUGCAACGAGCCAAGGAGAAGAGUGAGAUCCAGAGGAUGGUGAUCUCUGGUGGAAACUUCAAGCCUGACACCCUGAAGCCCAAGGAGGUGGUGAGCUUGCUGCUGGAUGAUGAGGAGCUGGAGAAGAAGUUACGACAGAGACAGGAGGAGAAGAGGCAACAGGAGGAGAGCAGUAAGGUGAAGGACCGAAAGAGGAAGCGAGAAAAGUAUGCUGAGAAGAGAAAGAGGGAUGACGAGCAGGAUGUGAAAAGGAGGAAGGAUGGUGUAAACAUUGUCACACCCUUUGCUCCAUCGGCAGACAACUCCAAUCUGUCAGCGGAUGGAGAGGACUCCUUCAUCAGCGUGGACAUGGACUCAGCUAUGCCCAGCCCUUUCAGCGAGAUCUCCCUCAGCAGUGAGCUGCAGCUUGGCUCUAUCCCUCCAGAUGAAAGUAGCAGUGACAUGCUGGUCAUUGUGGAUGACCCUGUGUCAUCUGCCCCGCAGUCUCGUGCUACCAACUCCCCUGCUUCUGUGGCUGGCUCCGUCUCUGACAACAUGAAUGGAGUUUCUGUCCAGGACACCUCCAGCCCAGGGCGGGGACGGGCAGGUCGUAGCCGUGGGCGGCCGAAGGGGUCCGGAGGAGGUGGGAAAUCAGCUGGGAAGGGGCGUGGUCGCAAAUCUACUGCAGGAAGCGCAGCUGCCAUGGCAGGAGCCAUGGCGGGGGCUGCGGCAGCAUCGGCAGCAGCUUAUGCAGCUUACGGAUACAGCGUCUCAAAAGGGAUCACAACAGCCAGCAACCUCCAGCCCUCGCUGGGGCGUCCUUCAGCUGCCUCGCCUUUCUUAGCCAGCGGCACAUCGUCGCCUCUGAGCUCUGCCCAGAAUAAGGGUGGGGCUUUCUCCAAACGCUAACCCUUUGCACUUGCAAAAUCAAGCUGGCAUCCUACUCUCCCCGUGUUUGAUUAAAAGACGAGAAAUCUUGCACUCUCCUGCUCCGCUUGCAGGAGCAGAUCUUAAGGAAACUAUAGUAAGGUCAGCCCCUCAAAACCUUCAUCUGAUGGAGGACCAGUGAAUUUCCUGCUCGCAGAGGCAGCGCUCCACUUACAACUCAGCCGGUCCCCUCUCUGACAUUUAGAGAUCAUGCAGAGUGAUUUUUAAAGAUUUUAGGUUAUUUCAAUUUUCCCUGAAAUAAAACAGUCUUCAUGGUUUUUUAAUACAAGUCUUGCGGUUGCUUUGAAUGUUACAUGUAACUUGACAUGCAGAAAACAUCUGUCCAGUCUAUCACAAGAUGUCAGUUGUGUCAUGUAACGCUCUUUGCUUUCUUGUACAGGUUGGCAGUUAGAGAUUUAUUUUAAAAAGUCAUUUGAUUGCACUUCCCAUUUCUAAUUCAAUUUGAAAAAAAAUAUUUUUCUUUCCAGAUUUAUAAAUAAUGUGGAAAUGUUUUUUCACUGUAUUUGCUCUUUCAUACAGUGAAGUCUGUGCCGAAGUCUGUGCCAAAAUCUGCCCUUUUCACUUCCCAGAAGUAAAGAUUUAGGUGGAUGUCUUAUAGCCUAAUACCUUAUCAAUUCAUACUUGACCUUGGGGUAGUAUAGAAACUCAUAAAUAUCAUCAGUUUAAGGGCUAAAUAAAAUGAACGAUUCUAGUGGAAUCUUCAUGUGUCCUUGUAGGUACAGGUUUUAUGUACAAGUAUAUAAAAUCUGCUGUAUUAUAUAUACAUAUGUAAAACUACCUACAAGGAUAUAUGGUCACACACAUUUUGACAUUUUCCCUCCAUCCGAGCCGCUUCAACUGUAAGUACAGUACAGCCCUGUUUAGCGAAUGGCAUAUGGCAUUACUGUUGAUCUGUUUAGUAUUUUAUGUUUUGUAUGAUUGCUGUACAAAUAUGUUGUUCUCUGUAAAAAUUAAACAUUAAUCUAUUUACAGAAAAGAAAAGCAUCUGGUGUCCACUGUACAAAGUCCCAGCUGAAAACACAGCAAAUAUAAAUAGGAAUGUUUUUAUUUGUAUCAUACUGAAAAACCCAAAAGAUUUGCAUGUCUGAAAAGUGACAUGUGAAUUGUAAUGAACAUGUUGACAUUGUAAAUCAUCAGUUCUUCCGUUGUGAUUUCUAUUAAAGAUAAAAAGGCUGUAUAUAUAUUUUUUCUUUUUUAAUCGGACUAGUUGAGCAGUACAGAUAUCUUCUUCUCAGGUAUGGCCAUUGGGCCUCUUUCUCAAGCUGGUUUGAGCAUUAUCUGUGAGGCUUUUAAGGAGAAAAAAAAAAUGUUUUCUGCUUAAGAAAGCCAGAAAAAAAAGUCUGAAGUUAUUAACAUAUCAUGCUAAUUCAUCACAAAGGUAUGUGUAUAACUUCUGUUCCUAAGUGAUGUCUUUAUCACAAGAGCAGUGUCACAUUUUUUUAAGCCCUUAACCUGUUUGAUGCGCAUGGGUCCUACUGUGAUUUUUCAUACCAAUAUGCUCCAAGAAUUUGGGAAAGGUAUUUGGUUCAGUAGAAUCCCUGAACUGCAAAGCACUAUUUAAAGAAAAUUUCCAUUCUAUCUGGAAUAAAUGUGAAAUACGUAAGUGUAUAUAUAUUUUUUUCCCAAAAAAAUCCCUUAUAAAAUAACUAUCUGUGGUUUUAUUCAUUUAACUUGUUUUGUGAAACCCAGCUAGUCAAUAAAUUGAGGUUGGUUUCCUUGAAGUAGUACAGAAGCUUACUUAUGAAAAAAGGCCAGCGCUCAGUCCAGCAGUGCUCAAGGGGUACAACCCUUAAAGGUGGUAAAUUUCUAAAGAACUCGACUUACAUGUUUUCAGUCUGAAUAGUACAGAACCCCCAUGUUGUUUCUCACUGUCUAAAGAAUGACAACCUAGAGUCACAGCUGUUCUGGACCACAGCAAGAAGCCAGUGUCAUUUUGGUUCCCAUUUAAGACUUUGAGCAGGACACAUUUAUUUUCUUUCACUGGUUUUCUAAAAAAAUAUGGGGAAGAAUACUUAAAAUGUUGACUUAUCUAUGAUGGAUUUUGUAUUAAAGCUCAUAUUUUUCUAGUCAAUUUUGUACUCAGUAUAAGGAGACUGCACUGAAAACUUGUCAAUGGUUAAUACCUGGAGAAAAUCACUUGCUUUAAACAAUUUUGUGAAAUACAGUUUGACAGACAUGUGGUUUAGGUCUUCAAUGAGCAAAACUGGAAAGUCAACUACAUUAAAAAGCAUAAUUAAGGGUAUGAGCCACCAGCAGCUAUAAGAUGUGGUUUAAUACUUUUUUCCCUUUGCCUCUGUAAAUAUUGUUUUUUGAUUGAUU